UCUGCUUAGAGGUCUCGUGCAGCAUCCUUCCGAUUGGUCUGGGUUUUCAGAGACAGGUGUCUCCAUUUUUUAUUUUUUAUUUAUUUUGGGGAGAACAACAACUCUUUCAGCUGCCCUUCUCAUUCGACAACCAGGCAGACUGCAGGAGAGUGCAGGCAAGUGCUGAGCUGCAGAGAAUGGAUGGCGUGAGUGGAAACAGGACCAUGUCUUACAGUCGGUGGAGUUAUGACAGCGUAUUAGAUGAUGAGAGCAGCAAUCUACGACAACAAAAGCUUGACAGACAGCGAGCGUUGCUAGAGCAGAAGCAGAAGAAAAAACGUCAGGAACCACUGAUGGUUCAGUCCAAUGUGGACAGCCGCACAAGGGCACGCAGAAUGAAACAAUCGGAAGAACAAGCACCAUUGGUUGAAUCUUACCUCAACAGCAACAGCAGCACCAUUUAUCAUGCAGUACAAGAAGCUGAUCAAGAAGACAUAAAAGUGGUAGCAGACCCUCAAGCUCCGAAAUCAACUAAAAAAACCAAGGCAGCUACAGGAGGCUGCCAAACUGGCAACACCAGAAAGGAGAAAAAGGGGAAACACAAAGGAAUUGACGGCCCAGCUGCUUUUCAAGAUGAUGUACAGGAUGUAGGGAGCCGAGUUCAAAUUCUUACUGUUGGAGAGGCUUGCCAAGAUGAGGAUGAUGGUGAGAUAAUAGCUCCUAGUCAACAACAAGGCAAGCAGGACCUUAGAGUAACAAUGCAGAAGAAAGGUAUUUCAAGUAGCAUGAAUUUUGAUGAAGAGGAGGAUGAGGAGGAUGAAGACAGCUCAAGUUCCUCACAGUUAAAUAGUAAUACCCGGCCAGGUUCUGCAACUAGCAAGAAAUCAAAUAAGGAGACAGCCUCAGGGCCCAGCCCUUCAACGAACAGCCCUGUAAUAGAUGUGGAUGACCUGGAGGAGUUUGCUGUGAGACCUGCUCCUCAGGGUGUUACUGUCAAAUGCCGAAUCUCAAGAGACAAGAAGGGAAUGGACCGCGGAAUGUACCCCACUUACUACCUCCACUUGGAAAGGGAGGAUGGUAAAAAGGUUUUUUUGCUAGCUGGAAGGAAGCGAAAAAAGAGCAAAACCUCAAAUUACCUCAUCUCCAUUGACCCAACAGACCUAUCACGAGGAGGAGAGAGUUUCAUUGGAAAACUAAGAUCAAAUCUUAUGGGGACUAAGUUUACAGUUUAUGAUAAUGGAGUAAACCCAAUGAAAACAUCAUUGAGUUUGGAAGCAAGUAAUCUGCGUCAGGAGCUAGCUGCUAUUUGCUAUGAAACAAAUGUUUUGGGGUUUAAAGGUCCUCGUAAAAUGAGUGUCAUCAUACCAGGGAUGAAUAUGGAUCACGAGAGAGUUUCCAUCAGACCACGCAAUGAACAUGAAACGCUCCUCUCAAGGUGGCAGAAUAAAAACACGGAGAGUGUCAUUGAGCUGCACAACAAAACGCCAGUCUGGAAUGAUGACACCCAGUCUUACGUUUUAAAUUUCCACGGCCGCGUAACGCAGGCGUCGGUGAAAAACUUCCAAAUUAUUCAUGAUAAUGAUCCUGACUAUAUAGUGAUGCAGUUUGGCCGUGUGGCUGAAGAUAUUUUCACCAUGGACUACAACUACCCAAUGUGUGCACUGCAAGCCUUUGCUAUUGCCCUGUCUAGUUUUGACAGCAAGUUGGCUUGUGAGUGAACCUCAGUACAGCCAAAACCAUGUGCCACCGGAAGAAGACAACAAAAGUUCCACAUUUUCUCUGGUGUCAACAGUGGUUUCAUACUCUUAUGGGGCAGGUAAAAUUUGUUUUCCGAAGGACCAACCCUUUUUCUGGAGAGAAAAUAUUUUAAAAUUCAGGACUUUCAGGAAAUAUUUUUCCCCCAUCUAUUCUCUAUUUUUCUGGAAGUGGCAUCAGAGAUCUGUAAAUAGAAGUCCUAUCUUAUGUCCUCAGUUAUGUUAUGAAAAUGUGCCAUGAUGUACUGUACCGUGGCUUAAGUAAAGCACCCCUGAGAGUGGUGUGUCUAUUUUCUAAAUCCAUGAAAGCUGUCACAACGCAAAUCUGUUUUUGGAUUGAAGAAGUAUUCAGAGGCUGUACGCAUACCUCAAGAUUACAUUAAAUACCUUGAGAGCAUCACGUCACCCACCUUAGAACCAAGACCACGAGAAAAAUGCACUUUUUUAAAAAACGAAAACACAAAAACAAAACACAGAUGAAAGUAGCAUUCAGCCUCAAUGCCAAGACUGAAUUUGAUUUGCAAUAUGGUUUACCAAUUUUUAGUUCUGGCAGGGGAUGGGUGGGGGAGAAGCAGGAAGCACAAGUUAUUGUUGCACAAGUCACUUGUAUUCCAAGGCGUCAUAGUAUAGACUGUGCUUUAAGUUCAAUUUCACUUUCAAAUGCAAACUUGUUUUUGUUUUUUAAAGGGAAAAAUUGAAUCCUGCAAUAUCGCUAUGUGGAUGCUAGAAAUAAUGUUGUACUGCAAUAGUAAUUCAAAUUUGGGGAACUGCCUUAUUUCAGAGAGAGAGAGAGAGAGAGAGAGAGAGAGAGAGAGAGAGAUUGAGGGCACAUGUGCUUUGCCUGCAUUAUGUCUCAGGGUCAGUCUGUGGCAACUUCAAUUAAAGAUUCUGAAGCAGCAGGGCAUAGAAAGGCCCUUCUCUGCCUGUGACCCUGGAGAGAGACAGGGCUGCUUGCACAACACAACAGACCAUCAUGGCCACUCACGGUGAGGCUGUGGCACAUGCAGCCAACAUUUUGAAUAUACAACUGCUGCUCAGGGGUUGCCGUGGCAUGUGAACCCAGCAAGCACGGGUUAUGCAAAGGUUAAACAACCCUUGCAUAAUACAUAAUCUGUUUUUGGUAAAAAUUAUUUAACCAUCACGUAGCUUGCACUAGCCAGAUUUGCACAACACGAGAACCCCCAAUUGGGGGAUGGAUAUGCAUCCAUGGGCACCACAGCUCAUCACUGCCUAGUCACUGCCUGGGCUAGACAGAUUGAGGUCUGACUCAGAGACUGGAUUUGGAUGACACGUUGUGGCUUGUCGUGGAUUAUUUAAUCCAUGAUGAGACGCGGUGCCCAUGGACACCAACUUGCAUAUGCACCCCCCACUCGGGGGUUGUCUUGUUGUGUCAACCUUGCAAGCAUGGGUUAUAUGAGGGUUAAACAACCAUUGCAUAACCCUAAAACAGACCAUAACCCACACUCACCAUGUUCCCACAACAUGACAACCCCCAAGCAAGGGUUGCAUAUUCAAAAUGAUGGUCAUACACACUCUGUAGCCUCACUGUGGGUUAUUUAACACCGAAAGCCCCAGAAUAAGGCAGCCUUGUGCAUUCUGGUGCAUUUAUGUCAAAGACAAUGAAUUAUUUGGAUAACUUCUUCAUUUGAAGUAGUUGUUUAGAAGAUACUGGAACUAUUUUAAAAUGUUAUUACAAAGCUUAUCUUACCCUUUUGAGCAUAAAACAUGGGCAUUAUCAAUUUCCAUAGAAAUAACUAUUAGUUUUGUAUUGAUUUCAGUAUGGAAGUGCCUCUGACUGAGUCUGAGCCAGUUUAUCUGCCCAAAUUUAUUGGAGGUUACAUGCAAAGGGAACUUGUGAAGGACAUACAAAUGUUCUUAUUUUUAGAUAG